AUGCCGCCAACGCCAGCUUCGUCCACCGAAAUCAAAGGCCAGGACCAUGCCAAACAGCUUCCCACAUUACAGAUGACAUUCGAAUUACCUCCUUCGGCAAUGGGAGCAGACCUGGCAGGGUCCAAGACGUCCCCUGUCUCGCCAUCUACCAAAGCCCCCUUCCCUGUCCAGGCCAGCGAGACGGUCAAGUCGCGGAGGCGUUCGUCGGCUGCUGCGCCAAAGGACGCCUUUGCCCUGCCACCGCCGCCUACACGAUCACGCAAGAUCAUCCAGAUGAAGCCUCGCGGUCAGCAGGAGGCGCUGCCCUCGCCUUCGCCCUCCAAGUCGGCUUCGGCUUCGGUUGGUGCGGCCAAGAACACGAGUACUGCCGGCGGUUCCAAAAAGAAGCAGCCUUCGUCGACGAGCGCGGCCGGCAGGAAGAUUGCGAGAAAGACGGCCCACAGCCUCAUAGAACGGCGGCGGCGGUCCAAGAUGAACGAGGAGUUUGCAGUCCUGAAGGGAAUGAUACCCGCCUGCGAGGGCGAGAUGCACAAGCUGGCGAUAUUACAAGCAUCGAUCGAGUACGUGCGAUAUCUCGAGGACUGCAUCUCCCAACUGAAGUCGCAACACGGCGGCGGCGGCGAGGCCGGCAGCAUGCGAACACCAACCGAGUUCACGCUCUCUCGCAGCACGAACGAUGAUGGCGAUAUAUACGGCGACGAAGGUGACGAACAGCAGGCGGCCGAAGAAGAAGAAGAAGAAGCGCCCGAAGACGUCGAAAUGACAGGGUCCGAGGAGGCUGCCUCGCCGACGUUCACGUCGUCCCACGCCGCGCGCUCCAGCCAGUCUUCCUCUUCCAUCUCGCCGGCGUUGGUGGCGCAGGAUGCGCGGGGCCGGCAUCACUCGUACUCGUCGGUGGUGUCGACUGGCGACUAUCGCCAUUACAGUUUCAGCGCAGCCACUUCGCCCGCCUUUAGACCCCAGGCACAUCCAUAUCCAUAUCCGCUUGGCACUGCUGCUGCUACUGCUGCCGCCGCUGGGGUGGCUUCUCAGUCGGCGCUCACUAGUCCGGCUCUGAGGCCCCAGCAGGAGUCGGACCACGAGGCUUCGGCUGCGCUGUUGAUGCUGGGUGCGGCGGACCGCAGAGGGAAAACGACGAUUACUACCGGCGGGAGUGCGUCGUCGGGCAGGGGGAUGAGUGUGCGGGAUCUGCUUAGCUCGUGA